AUGUCCGCAUAUAGCGAUAGCGACACCGAGCCAGAGUCUCCUGCAGACGUAUACGAGUGGGACGCGACUGAAUUUGCGCAUACAUGCGAUCCUCGAAAACCGUCUUCUGAUGGGGACGGCGGCGGAGAAAAUUUAGCCUCUGCGAGCGACGUGCUACAUGCCAUGCAAGACCUACGCUCGUUGGAUUUGAAGUCGGUGGAGCAUGACACUUCAAUGCAAGAUAUUGUUCAACGAGCAUAUACAACUAUUCUAGCUUUCCUAGAAUGCCUCAAUCGCAGUCAUCAUCAUCCAUCUCUGGACGACGAUGUAGCGGUUUGCAUGCUGUUGAGCAGGUCUUUUAUAUUACUGCUUUUCGAGUUCAGAAGAGUCUUCCGAGGGAUCGCCGUCCGUGAUGUCGCACCUGGGCGUGCAGCGGCCACAGUUGUUUGUUGGGUAGAUGUCGUCCUUGCAAAACUAGGCGAUGCCAUCGUCUCUAUUGCUGGCGGUAGUCCUGGGGGAAAAGAUAGAGAAGAAACACUACCGGAAACAUUAAGGAAGCAGAGAGACGGAGACGUCUUGCGUGCGGCCACACAGUUGCCUGCCGAAUGGAAUGCAGUGGCGAGCACACUUUCUAAUAACAGCGCUUCUCCUGCAUCGGAAGCCAAAAAUCUCCUGUCCAUCCUGACCACAUAUGUUGAACGCGUAGUAUCCCCGGGAAGCCGAAUUGCGAUGGCUUCAGGUAUCCCAGAUCUUCACCAGAGGUGCAGUGAUGCCAUAUUGCUACUGCUUUUUAUUACCGCAGAUCGCGCCCAGGAUCAAAAUGGUCGCUCAACGUACCGACCAUGUACUCACGCCAAUUUACUGAGGUUGAUCAGACGUGUUAUGUGUCCGGUGGAUACCGACUUUUCGGAGAAUCAUUUAACAACUCCAUGUCCUGCGCUUGACACUUCUCAGACUAUUAUGCUCCGUUGGGGAUGGGUAUUGUCUUGGUGCUGGUCCUCAUGGGACGAUCCUCGCUUGGCAGAUAUCGAAGUCAUCGAUUACAUGGCCGCCACCUGGCUGUAUCACAUAGGUGAUUGUCUUAAUGUCAAACUUGAUGGUGACGAGGAUGAUACGAUUGAAUCAUGGGACGACGGUUUGUCGAAGACUCUGGUGAUGGAUUCUACCUCAUCGGCUUUCGCUGUCAUCAGGCUGAUGCACCAUGCAUUAUCUUUGUUGCUAGCUUCACCUCCUAUAUACCCAUGCAUUACUUCGCAAGACGUCCUGUACAAACUUUGCUGGGCCGCGGCUCAACUGCUGCGUGAUAGGAAGGCAACGUAUGACACCACACUGGCGUCUGAGCUCUGCAGUGCUCUCUGCAAAUUUUAUGUUCUCUUGCGCCAUGACGACGUCGGAACUCUAAUCAAGGAUGUGAUCAUAAGGGGUCUUUCUUCCGCUCCACCGGAGCUACUGCGAUCUGUGAUGGAGGACGUCUGCAAUGAUACGAGACUAGACGUAUGGGUGAAGUUUGAAGAAGCUCCUGUGGUAAAAUGGAACCAGGGUACCCAUCAAUCCCAGGACAGAUGGUCGCGUACAUACGUAACUAAAGAUAAGUCUCCUUCUCAGCCUGCCACUGUUGCAAACGAUGCGGCCGACGAGAUACCAAUCGUUCCCGCAUCAUCCUCAGCAAGUCCGACGAAACGUUUUCCUCGGCCUGCGUCUGCGACAUAUAGCCCUUCCGUGGCUAUAAGCUCUCGUGUGUCUGCUCAUAUUGCUUCGGCCACUAAUCCGCGCCCGCCCUCACCACUCAAGCAAUCUACCAGCUUGAAUGCCGACGACGCCCCUUCUGCGUCUGCCAAUGCUGCGGAGGGCAUCUUGCCAAGUCCUCAUGGGUCGGAGCUUGCAAAGGUGUAUGGGUCGAUUUUACAGCCAAAGGAGACACUGGCUACGUAUCACUGCGCUAUAUGCACUACUCCCUUCCCCCCAGACGCGACCAUCUACCCUGACCCGUCUUCUCUAUCCUCGACGGAUUUGGAUGGUUUGCCUGCGGUCAACACGCGAUUCUUGUGUCGAUCCUGCUUUACGACCAAUGGGGGUUCGAAGGGCGAGUGUCCGACAUGUAAUAAACCCGUCCUCAUCCUCAAGAACGAGGGAGGGUACAUUCAGAAUGGUGGUCAAUAUUGGCAUAAGAAGUGCUUCUGCUGUGCAGGCUGCUCCAAAAACAUCGGAGAGCGCCCAAUGGUCGAUCUCCUGGGGAGACCAAGCUGUCCUGAUUGUUUCGAGAGUUGUCUUUCAAGGUCGACAAAAGAUGACACUCGAAGGCGAGGGACGACUGAUGAAGAUGUACGCAGCAAUCUUGGUGGAACAAAGCGCACAGACAGAGAGCGAGAAGGGAGUCCCGCUCUCGAGGAGUUGGAACAGCGUCUUGGCAUUUUUCGCAGUCGGGAGAGCACUCCGAUCAAGGAAGAGCGACCCGCUCCCCGUAAUGCUGGACUGAAGAGCCCUACUACCACUCCCACUGCUCGCAGUCCUCUUCCUACUAGGUACACUCCUCGAGCCACGGAAUCAAGCCCGAUUGUUGAACGCCUUGCGGCGCGCGCCAGAGCGGAUUCAUUUACGAGUAUCGGUGCUUCUCCCAUCAUGCGCAUUGCUGACGACGAGAGACCUGGGAUGCAGUCUACUCAGAGAUUGACGAGCUCGGAGUCGGAAACACCCACGAAAGAUGCGGACAGCCCUCUUGCAGCCCGCCUUCGGUACAGAAGUCCUGAGCCAAAUCCAUCUUCGUCUGAUGGCAGUCCACUGUCCCGUCGUACUUAUACUAGAUUGAAGAGUCCUGAACCAGAUGUGUUUGGGUCCAGUCCUGUCUCGAAAGUAAGCGGUAGUCCUCGGUAUGGGAGUCCCGGAACUCCUAUAAGGCCGACUGAAGAUGCGAUCGAGGAAAUGAAGCAGAGGUUUCUAAGGCAGGCAUCUCCCUCUCCUGGCCCUUCCAAGAGUACCAUCCCACCGCCUUCCAACGCAACAACGCCUACAAAACCUACGAGACGGUCAACGUCUCGGCCUCGAAGGAGCCAAACCACCGAAGGCACAGAUGAACUCGGUACUAUCCUCAGUAGCUUCAACACCCCAUCGCGAGAGAGCAUUGGACUGUCGAGAAUUCCUCGUGCAUCCCUUAGUCCACCUCUGAGGAGCAGUCCUUCUGCGCCCUUGCCCCACACUACUCUGCAGCGGAGCGACACAGACGCAGUGCCCGAUUACACUCUACGCCGCGAUAGGACAGGAGACGCGGAAGUGGAAUCUCUUCUAGGAGAUAUGCCAGGGGUCGUCAAAGGUGAUCUCAUUGACUUGAGCGACGUUCCUCUCGGACACCAGCUUCCCCAGUUCGAAUCGUCGGGAUCCAUGUCAAUGAUUUCCAACGUUCCCACCGUGCAUGCGCCGCUACCCUCGGUCCCCACUCGUAUUGAUCUUAAUGUGAAGGUUGGUAAGCGGAGUUCUUCGCUUGAGCACAGCUACGAGCAUUCGGUUCCCUCCACCCCAGAUUUGGCUGGGGACUUUUCGGACUCCACGUCUACGACUCCAUCUAGUGCGCCACCCACGCCGCCCUCGAUAAGCCCCCCUGCACGGCGGAUUUCAGGCAAUGCUCCUAAUGCGAGUAAACGCAGUGUUCGGACGCAUGUGACAGGCGAUACCGCACGCUCCCCUCGAACCUCUGAUGCGCAUUUUACUACCCCGACACCAAAAUCCAAGACACUCCCUAGUAAGGUAGAAAUAUCCUCACCUACACCUCUUUCACCAGAUACUCGUUGCGCGAAAUGCACACUCCCCUUAUUCAUCACGAAACACGGUGGAAAGUUUGUUACAGUGCCAGAAGAGCCAUCCAGCUCGGGCGUUCCACCCAAGACAUAUCACACGGCAUGCUUUAGAUGCAAGGUGUGCGAUGGUCCGUUUGAGGAGCGGGACGGUGGACGCACAGUGUUUGUCAGAGCGGACGUAGGUGUUUGCCACGUUGAGUGCGCACCCGCAGACAAGAUCAGAGUACGACAGGUACCCAGUAUGAUUCCGAAACCGACAGCCCUAUCCUCCACACCAUUGACUACAUCGAGAGCAAGCAACACGACGCGCUACUCUGCUACGCCGACCUCAAGUAGAUAUGAGGGACCCCCGCCGACUGCACCUGCUACGACUACUACUUUUACGUUUCCCAAGUUCGGAGGCUCGUCUUCCUGUCCAGGAUGCCAUAAAGCCGUGGCUGUGAUGGAGCGAGGUGUGGUGCCGGGACCCCAAGGGACACGAUGGCAUGCGGCCUGCCUUCUCUGUGGCGGCAAGGAAGCGAAAGGACGGAGGCGCGAGGAGGGAAAGCCUGGGUGCGGGAAGAAGCUAGAUAGUGCCGCGAAGAUGGACACUGACGGCCAGGUGUGGUGCCGCGAGUGUCUGCUGCUCCUGCCUGCAACCUUGCGGAAUACGCCCUCCCCAGUGCGGAGCCCGCUGGUGGCUUCGCACACGGGGAGCCGGGGGAUCGCGCCGCAAUACACGGGCACGACGACGAUUGCUCGCCAGUUCACGGGCAUUGCUCUCGUCGAGCCCGACGAAGCUGCACGACGGGCCACGGUCGGGGACUGGGCGAGUGUAUCCGCGGCCCAAGUCGGUGAUCGGUAUGCGGAGCACGAAGAGCGACGGCGAGGGGAGGGGAAUGUUCCUGGUGCGGCAGUUGACAGGUGGGAACGGGGGGUCCAGUGGGAAUGA